AUGAUGGGAAAGUCCUUCCAUGUCCCCGAUCAAGCGGCGGCUUCCACUGCGGCGUCCGGGAACCAGGAACUUUGCCUACCCCGGAAGUACCGUUUUGUCCCUAGCAAUAUGCCUGAUGGUGAGGCUGAGGCUGAAGCAGAAGCGGAGGCCUCUGACGAUGAAGGGGAAGCCUCCGUAUCAAUUAAUCCGUGCCUGGUGGACCCGCUGUUCCAAGAUCUCGACCGUGCAUCUCGGUUCUACAUCUCGCACUUUACGGACCAGAUGUGCCGUGAUCUUGUAACAUAUGACGUUCCUAGGCACAACCCUUAUCGUGGCAUUGUUCCACUGAUAAGGGACCAUGCACUCCUGCUGCAUGUCAUCGUUGCCAAUUCUGCAAUUCAUAUAUCAAAUGUGAUGACAAAGGGCCCCGGUCUAUUGAAUGGAGUUCCUGGCCAAUAUCCUCAUCAUGAUGCACUGAUGGCAAAGCAGAAGACUCUCCAGCUUCUUAACCAGGCCAUGAACGACAUAGAUGCUGUUGAUCUGGAAGUUGUGCUUACGGCUAUCCUGCUCUCUAUUAAUUAUGAGCUUGUGAGCUCUGGAAAGGAUGAUUGGAAGGUACAUGUCGAAGGUGCCCAGAAACUUAUCGACUACUUCGGCCUAUCAAAACGCUCUGACCUAUCGUCUGCUAUGAGUGCGUUGCGCGACCAUGUCGUUUCUGACUGCCUCAUCUACUACAUCCUUGGUUCGACCUUUUCCGCUCGACAACCAAAUAUGGGCUCAACAACAAGCCGCUACCCCUUUCUGGAUGUGCUGCCAUUGCUCGAGCGUGCAGAGGCCAACAGCUACAUGUCAUGUCCUGCAUUUCUUUUACAAAUAAUGCUCUCGGCAUCCCAUCUAUCUAAUCUUGACGUGAUUACCGGUUUUGAAGAAGAGCAAGCCCGCUACUUGAUGGAGCGAGCUAGAACAUUCAAUAUUGAUGCUUGGGCGGCUUCCGUACAAGGCAUCUCCUCCCACAAUGAUUUUGAAAGCCGUGUCCAUGUAGCCUCGGCUCAUAAGUCCGCAGUCUGUCUCUACAUCCAUCAAGCCGUCCCAUCCGCAAACUUGAUGGAUGACGACAGCAGAAAGCGCAUUGUCGAAGAUAUUAUUGGCCACCUCUCUUUCAUCCUUCCCGGAAACUUGCUAUUGAAAGGCACUUCUUGGCCCACUUUCAUAGCCGGUGCCGAAAGUCGAGACCCAGCACAGCGGGCCUGGAUAGUGGCUCGUCUCAAUGACCUAUGGGAAAUGCUGCCUUGGGGCUAUGUCCAUACCGCUAUCGAGAUGCUGAAGGCAAUAUGGGCUAUGGAGGACACGGCUGUCGAAACAACCUGCGGAUGGCUUAAGAAGCUGAAGGGCCUUGGAAAUGACUGGAUUGUCGUUUGA